AUGGCUUCUCAGAGGCAUUUAAAAGAUCUUCUAGAAGAAGACCAAGAGCCGUUUCAGCUACAGAGUUACAUCUCCGACCGACGUUGCCAAAUCAAUCCUCCCGUAACGCACUUACAGGUCAAGAAACGCAGACCCAUCUCUCAAACCGCGGGACUUCCCUCGCGUUUCUGCCGCAACGCUUGUUUCUUCUCCCUCCACGAAUCGCCAGACCCUAAGAAGUCUCCACUGUUCGAACCCAAGUCGCCUAUUCGGAGCCAAAACGCGAUUUUCGUCAAUAUACCGGCAAGAACCGCGUCGAUGUUACUAGAAGCUGCGGUUAGGAUACAGAAACAGUCGUCGGAAGGUUCGAAAACGAGGACGCGGAACGCAGGAAACGCGUUUGGGAUAUUUGGUUCAGUGUUGAAGAAGUUAACGCACCGGAAGAAACGCGAAAUCAGCGGCGGUCGAGUUUCUUCGGUGAAGGAUAUGUUGAGAUGGGAAUCUCCGGUUGUCCGUAAAAUAGUCACAAGAAAAUCUAAACGUAAAGAAGUUGAACAAAACUCUUCCCAAACGCAGAAAAUCGCGUCUGAGACGCAGUUCUCACGUAGGUCAAGUAGUAGUGGUGUUUGGUCAGAGAGCUUCACCAACGGCGAGAGAUCUUGGGACUGCGAUUUCGAAACGUCGAUUAGCUCAAGCAACGGAUCAGACGGCUUAGAUGAGUUUGCGUGUGAGUUGAUGAAUGGUUCAGAUUACUCGGAAGAUAAACGCUUUUGUGAAAGCCCGUUUCAUUUUGUUCUCCAACCAAUGCCUUCACCCGGCGGUUUCAGAACGCCGAAUUUCUCGUCGCCUGCAGCUUCCCCACGACACGAUUGUCAAGAGAUGAUGAAGAAAGAGAGUUAUGAAGUAGAGAAGCUAAAGAAACUAGAACUGGAAGAGGAAGAGGAAGAAGAAGAAGAAAAGGAACAGAGCAGCCCAGUUUCAGUUUUGGACCCUCCAUUUCAGGACGAUGACGAAGACAUUCACAUGGAUGACAAUAACAUCACUUCCAGCUUCAGAUCUGUACAAAAAGCAAAGCAUCUGCUUCUACAGAAGCUUUGUAGAUUUGAGCAACUUGCGGGUUUGGAUCCCAUGGAACUCGAGAAAAGACUGUCAGAUCAAGAGAGCGAUGAGGAGAGGGAAGAAGAUCAAGAAGAGAUGGAAUUUUUCGAUCGUUGUGAUAUUAUAACUCAGAGAGUUCUGAAAACGUAUUUCGAAGAUAUGACGGAAGUUCCCGAAGGCAUAGAAGCAUUGAUCUCAGACCUUGUGGCAGAGGAUUUACAAAACGACGGCGUUUUGCUUGACAUUGACUCCGAAGUAGCCGAAAGAGUAUGCGAGAGAUUGAGAUCGUGGAGAGAUGUGGAGUCGAACACAAUCGAUAUGAUGGUCGAACGUGAUUUCAGAACAGAGAGUUUGGGAUUAUGGAGAUCAAAGAACGAUGCAGAUGUCGCGCAAGAGGUUUUGGAUAUCGAGUUUGAGAUUUUUGAGGAUUUGGUUGAAGAAUUAUUAUCAGAAGACUAUUAG